UCUUAAACUUGGGAUCAUCAUACCAAGCAUGUUCUUCAACUUCAAGAACGUAUUUACUUUGAGUGGCUUUAUGAGAACCUCUCUAUUUGAUCUUCCAAAGUGCAAUACUCAACCACAAUUAAUAGUGUGAUGCUUGAUGUCAAUAUGUUUGCUACGAAUAUGAAAUAUUGGAUUCUUUGUUAAAGCAAUCGUUGAUUUGUUGUCGAAGAAUACCUUCGUUGGACCAUCUUGUUAAUGUUGCAACUCCUUCAAUAUUCUUCGCAACCAAAUUGUUUGAGUAGCACAAUUUGUUUCUGCUAUGUACUAUGUGAACCCAAUUCUUGUCAAAAUUUGUUAACACCUUUGACAUUUUCAAUCUGAAAUACUGCUUCCACUUUGGCACAUGGACUAUGGAAUUGCCUUAGUUAUUGCCUUUGAGGCAACUAAAUCCCUACAAUUGGGCUAAUUUCCAGUUCACAAAACUGUCAAUGAUAAUUGAUAAACUAAUAAUAUAAAUAUGCAUUGCUUAUAACAUCAUUUCAUAGCCCAACAGCAGCAACAAGUUAUUCAUUUGUAUGGAUUCACUAUGGUAUGUGUUGCUCCUUCUGUUGACUUGUAUCAUUGUUCAUGCUCUCCUUUUCCAUUUUGCAAAAAACAACAAACCCAACAACUACAAGCUUCCACCAGGACCUUCCCCUCUUCCCAUCAUUGGAAACCUCCUUGAACUUGGCAAAAACCCCCACCAAUCCUCUGCUAACCUUGCCAAGUUAUAUGGUCCAAUAAUGACAUUAAAAUUGGGACAAUUGACCACCAUUGUGAUCUCUUCAGCUGACAUGGCCAAAGAGGUGCUCCAAACCCAUGAUAAGUUCUUGUCCAACCGCACCGUCCCGGAGGCUGCAUCAGUUCACAAUCACCAUCAUCAUAGCAUGGCCUUCAUGCCCAUCACACCCCUUUGGAGGACCCUUAGGAAGAUAUGCAACAAUCAACUAUUCUCUAACACGGUAUUGGGUACAAGCCAAGAUCUUAGGCACAAGCAACUUCAAGAACUCCUCAGUGAAAUCCACCAAUGCAGCAUGAGCGGUGAAGCUGUUGAUAUUGGAAGAGUAGCUUUCAAGACCACAAUUAAUUUGUUAUCAAAGACAAUUUUUUCUCACUCUAUAGGUAAAGUUGGAGAGUUAAAGGAGUUAGUGGCGAAUAUCAUGAGAGAGGGUGGAAAACCAAACUUGGCAGACUAUUUCCCUGCCUUGAAGAUGGUUGAUCCGCAGGGCAUUCGAAGUCGUAAUACUGUUAAUGCUGGAAAGGUGUUAGAAGUCUUCGAUCACUUGAUUAACCAACGGAAGAAGCUCAGAUCGGAAACAGGUUUUGACCCCAACAGUGACAUGUUAGAAACAUUGCUAAACAUGUCUCAUGAGAAUAGCCAAGAGGUGGAAAAAAUAAAUAUUCAACAUUUAAUGAUGACCCUAUUUGUUGCUGGAACUGAUACAAUGACAUCCACAUUGGAAUGGGCAAUGACUGAGCUACUAUGCAAUCCAACAACAAUGUCAAAAGCUAAAAAGGAGCUUGAAGAAACCAUUGGAAAGGGUAACCCUAUUGAAGAAACAGACAUUGUUAAACUACCCUAUCUACAAGCAAUAGUGAAAGAGACAUUUCGUUUACACCCUGCAGUGCCAUUCUUAAUCCCUAGAAAAGCUGAUACUAAUGUAGAACUCAAUGGCUACACCAUCCCAAAAGGUUCACAAAUCCUCAUCAAUGUGUGGGCCAUUGGAAGGGAUUCAAGUACAUGGAAUGACCCACAUUUGUUUUCACCAGAGAGGUUCAUGGGAUCAGACAUUGAUGUUAAAGGGAGACACUUUGAGUUGAUACCAUUUGGUGGUGGAAGAAGAAUGUGCCCUGGGUUACCAUAUGCUAUGAGAGUGUUGUUGUUGACGUUAGGUUCAUUGAUUAAUGUUUUUGAUUGGAGGCUUGAAAAUGAUAUGAGACCUGAGGAUAUCGAUAUGGAAGAAGAAUUUGGAGUAGCCUUGCAAAAGUCUAUGCCUCUCAGAGCUAUUCCAAUCAAAGUGAAAAGUUAAUGUGUGACAAAAUAAAAAUUGUAAUGUGUAUCUUUUCUAGUGGGUACAAUGAUUUUUCUUUUCACUUGUUAUAAGUUGUUUUUUUUUUAACAAUUCAUGCAAUAUAUUAAA